ACUUCACCGGCGGUUGUUGAGAGGGACGCGCGCGUUCUCCGUCAACCAAAGUUUAUCGAACACGCACGAAGCAUCGUGUAGUUUUGUAUUUACAUAAAUCUAACAUAAAUUUAUUGUGCAGUGUUGAAUUAUUAUUUCAGUGCAGUAGAAGUGUUUUCAGCAAAAUGAUGCUUGUAUUGAGGGUAUUCAUCGUUUGCUGUCUUCUUACAUUGUUCGAGCAAGUUAACUCAGUGCCUCAGCUGGACACGUCCUCGGCGGAGUCGGAUUCAUCACAAGACCUCACUGACUCGGCUUUGGGUUCAGCAUCAUCUGAAUUACACGAGGGCUCCGGAGAAGAUGCGCCUGACCCAGUACCUACCUCUGUGGCAAAGAAUGAAACAAGAGAAGCUCUGAAAACGGAUGGAAGUGAACAAGACCCGGUGGUAUUUUUAUCGGAGAAAAACGGCUACAUCCCGGUGAGCAUUAAGCCUCGGUCACCCGCAGUUGAUGUGGGUUGGAGGGAGCCCCCGGCCUGGGAAAGAGAGUACAGAAGACAUCGUACGAACGGCAGCCGAGUACAAUAUAUUGAGGCUGAAUGUCAAGAUGACUUCAUGAAGAUUCGGGUUGGUUUCAAUGGAUCUUUCAACGGAUUGGUGUAUUCCGCAGGCUAUUCUUACGACACGGAUUGCAUGUAUGUGAACGGAACUGGCCGAGAUUAUUAUGAGUUCUACAUUCAGUUGAAUAGAUGUGGAACCCUUGGUAGGAACAGCCAGCACGACGACUCAAGAAAACACCCCACAAAAAACCUAAUGUGGAACACUAUAACGGUCCAGUACAAUCCACUUAUAGAAGAGGAGCUUGAUGAACACUUCAAGGUGACCUGCGAGUACGGAUAUGACUUUUGGAAGACUGUCACAUUUCCAUUCCUCGAUGUUGAAGUAGCGACCGGCAACCCAGUCGUUUUUACACUUCAGCCGCCGGAAUGCUACAUGGAGAUUAGAUCGGGGUACGGAGCGAAUGGCGCGCGGGUCGCCGGCCCUGUGCACGUUGGAGAUCCACUCACCUUGCUUAUUUACAUGAGAAGUUCAUACGAUGGUUUUGACAUUGUUGUCAACGAUUGCUAUGCUCAUAAUGGCGGAGGCAAACGAAUCAAACUUAUAGACGAAUUAGGAUGUCCGGUUGAUGACAAGUUGAUUUCUCGUUUUCGCGGCUCCUGGUCGGAGACGGGCGUAUUCGAAACUCAAGUUUACGCGUACAUGAAAACGUUCAGAUUCACCGGCUCGCAGACGCUUUAUAUUGAGUGCGAUGUCCGGAUGUGUCACGGGAGAUGUCCGUCGCAGCCUUGUCACUGGCGGAACAUGAAGAGCGUGAAACGUCGUUCAGUUGAUGACAAAUCAGCGGGCACCAUCGCCCCGCCUCGCCUGUCAGACAACAUCUCGUUGUUCCAAUCCCUGCGGGUCCUACAGGAAGGCGAGGACGACGCUGAUACAUUACCCAGGACAGGUUCCCCAGAGGGGCAGACGUGUAUGAAGACUUCAGCAUUUUCCGCUGUAAUCGUUUCCUGUGGGGUUAUAAUAGCUGCUCUAUGCGGAGCUAUUCUGGUUGCAGCGAAAGGUUGGAGAAGAGAAAACACCGCGCCCCAUCACGCCUACGUACCUCAUAAAGGACGGAUCAAAUAAAAACCUUUUUUACUCUAGAAUCGAAUCAAACAUUUUCCUAACACGAAAAUCACAAUUAUCAUUCCAGCAUUUUAUUAUAGUUGCCAUUUGCUGUGAACCAUACAUAUCGUCUUCUCGCGUUAAAACUGUGUAAUCUCAAAACUCACUAAUUUUACAGGAGAGUGUUUUAAAGGUUUAACAUGUGAUAUUUUUAAUAUUAAUCAUCUUUGCAACAUUUAUUUUUUAACAGUUUAAUUAUCUGUCUUUAAAAGUAAGAUAAAAUUAUGUAUUAAUUUUGUUAAUAGUAGUCAAAAUUUAGGUAAACUAAAAAAAAAAACUAAAACUAAAACGCUCUCUUGAGAAAAAUACUGGUGAUAGAUACCAAAUGAUUCCGCAUAUUAACUCAGUUUCGAAUAUUUUUGGAUAUUGUACACUUUUAAUGCGAAACGACGAUAUAUUUUUUUAUUAGUAUUUCGCUGCCCUUUCGUUUUCUUUUUCAUUAAACCGACUUCAAAAAGAAUGAGGUUCUAUGUAUGUUUUUUGUGUGUAUGUGCACGGAUUUCUCCGUCAUUUGUGGACAAAUAUUGAUAAAUCGAUUUUUUUUUGUUUGAUAGGACAUAACCUCGCGGUGAUCCCACUCUUAAGUAUAGUUAAUGUAUUUGACUCAUAAUAUUUUAAAUUAUAGUUAAAAUAGUGUAGACAUAUAAUUGCAAACCCGUUGACUGACUACAGGCCGCAGCGAUAAUGGUGUUAUCACUGAUUCGUUUUCAUCUCUAUGGAACAUAUUUUAAGUUUAUAUGAACUAAAUAUGGACAAAGCAUUCAGUGCGGUUUGUCGCUGAGUUCAGAAUUGUAUACUUUUUAGGUAUUACGAUAAAUUUUUAAUAACAAUCCUUUGGCAAAUGUAUUCUAAGCUACAAUUUAAAUAUUAAAGGGAGGUUUUUGUUAAAGAGUUUUAUGAUAAGUCCCAAAUAUAUUAGAUAUGAGAUUUAAAAGUUAAAAUUACAAGUAUCCCAUAUCGAAACAAAUAUAUACUACCUUAAUAAAAGAAGUAAGAUAGAGAACAGAGACUUUCUUUACAAUUAUUAUACUGACAGUUGAAAUUUAGAAGUGUCAGAUAAUCUUGACAAUAAAGAUCGUUGUUAUUGGUUUAAUUUCAAAUGCGUACCUGGUACUUAGCCUUUUGAGAUGAACUAAUUCUUAUUGUGUUUGAGUAACAGAAUCCUAAUUAUGUAUUAGUUUUUAUUGUAGGUUAUGACAAAUCGUGAGGACUUAUAUUUUUUCAUUUGAAUAAAAUAUGCCUCCUCCGUUUGUCUGCAGUAUUUAUGUACCGAUGAUAAUAUUUAUCAAAGUUGUGAUAAAAAUUAAGUAUUAAGUGAAGUUUUAUAUAAGAUACUUAUUAUUUUUAAAUAUAGAUAGAUAAUACUCAUAAAUUAAGAAUUUAGCAAUUUAGCGUAUUGAUAUUUAAAUCGUAAAGAAAACAUUGUAAAUAUAGUUAAGAUUUCUUUUUAUUUAUAAACGCAAAUAUUUGUAGUUCAUUUUAAGGGAAAAAUAAAACGCAUUUCUACAACGAAAAACAUUUAUUUACGAUAAAAAAUUGCACUGCCUUCCAACAUAAGUACAAAUAAAAACAGUAAAAAAACACAUGUAACACAAUAGUAGUAGGUUCAUUUCAACUAAGCGAUGAACACAGUGGUCAAGUGUGAAUAUUUCAAUAAUGUUUCAUUAAAGAAAUAAUUUCUUAAUUUAAAAAAUUCUAAAUCCAUGGGGUAACCCAUUGAACAACAAAUGGUAUUCAUUCGGAGAAUUUACAGUGUUGCCAUAUUGUUUGAAAUUCAUAAGACAUAAAACUUAUUAAUAGUAAACAAAAUCAGUAAAAACAAAGUUCACACUGAAUCAUCGCAUACCUCGAAUAAAAAUAACAAACUUAAAUAUAUAAAAAAU